GCUCUCAUCUCCUUCUUUCCCUUCCUUCCUCUCCUUGUCCUCCUCCAUCCAGCUCCUCUCAAAGUUUGAGGCUUUUUUCUUUUUUUCUUGUUUUAUUUUCUUUCUUGGUAGGAGUAACAAUACUAGGGUCUCUUCCUCUUUCUCUCUCUCUUUAUCCAAGGAGACGAAUCCAGAGGCAAAACUUCAGGGUUUGUAAAAAUUUUUUGGAUCUAAUCGACUAACUCCAAAAAAAAAAGAAGAAAUCAGCGAGAGAGAAAAAAAAGAUGAGCCACUUCGCCGCCGCCAUGAAGAGCCCUCUCCCCAUCGCCGCCUCCGCCGCCGUCGCCACCGGCGGCGACGGCAAGAGCCCGCUCUUCUGCCCCAAACCUCGCCGCCCCGUCGCGCCCCUCCGCUGCCACCACGACAUGGAUCUCCUCGACCUCCUCCUCUCCAAGGGGGAGGAGACGCUGUUCUGCGGCUCGCCGCCGCGGCGCGCGUCGAACCCGGUGGUCCACGACAGCCGGUUCGGCCUCGACUGCCCGCCGAUGCCGGCGUGGUCGCCGGCGCCACCGGUGGCGCCGCCGGUGGUGGUGCACCGCCCGACGCCGCGGCCGGCGGUGGCGAUGCCGAUGUCGUCGCCGCGCGGCAGCGGCGGGUGCACGGCGCGCGCGCGGCUCGCGUUCCAGCCGGCGGCCGUCCGCGUCGAGGGUUUUGACUGCCUCGACGGUGGCCGCGGCGGCCGCGGCCAUGGCAUUACCGCCAUGGCCUAAGCUUGUUGCUGCACAUACACCCCAAAAAAAAAUAACCUAAGAAAACAUCACCUCCUCUUCUUCUCCACCAUGGAUGCCCAAAAAAAACCACAAAAAAGCUUUUCUUGGAUUCUUGGUGGAGAGGGGAGGAGAGUGAGGAGGAGAGAGAUUAAGCCCUAAAUUUAACCCUAAAAAAAACUACUACUACAUAAUCAAUCCAUCAUCCCAUCCUUCCAUAUAAUCCCACAAGUAUAAUUGAGAGUUUAGGUAAUUUACCAAGAAAAAUCUUUUUGUAUGUAAAUAAAUCUCAGGUGUCAAGGUCCUUGAUGUAAAUUCUAUGGGGGGUUUAGAAAAUUUAGAGGGAGGAGACAGGGACAAAAGGGGUUCAUCAAGGAGAGCCCUUUUGGAUUUAAUCAAAAAAAAUUUUUCUCUUCAUCUGUCCCUGUAAACUCUCUUUGGGAUUUAGUAGCUAAUUGAAUUAGUAGGUGGGAAGGGGGGUUGGGAUUAGUUAGGUAUCUGUCCCUAGUUUAUUCUAUCAUGAUGAUGAUGCUUAUUUUUGGUUUUUGAUGGAAUUGUUUUUUGUCCAUGCAACCAAGAAAUGCAAAGGCCAUGGAGAUAUGUACAAAAGAGUGGCUACAAGAAGAGAGUAAGAGAGCAGCUUAGCUUUAGGUUCAAUCAGUGUGAGGGAGACAUGAAUGAUGUAUCUGUGAAAUCUUUUUCUUUCUUUUUUGUAUAUUGUAAUAUCUUGUUGGAUUUCCAAUGAAGCAAUCUGUAUAAUAUGCUAUGAUUAUCAAUUAUCAUCACCACUACUUAUAA